AUGAGUUACGCCAAAAAAGACGAGGAUGCCGAACACUCCGGCUUCAAGCUGGACCGGACUUCUGUUUUCCAAGAUGCUCGGCUGUUCAACUCCUCGCCUAUAUCUCCUCGAAAAUGUCGUACCCUACUCACCAAGAUCGCCGUCCUUCUCUUCACAGGAGAAAAAUUCCCUACCAAUGAAGCAACCACGCUCUUUUUCGGCAUUUCCAAGUUGUUCCAAAACAAGGACCCCUCGCUUCGCCAAAUGGUCUAUUUGAUACUCAAAGAGCUCGCACACACCGCUGAGGAUGUCAUCAUGUCUACGAGUAUCAUUAUGAAGGAUAUGACUGUGGGUAGUGAGAUCAUCUACAAGGCGAAUGCUAUCCGGGCUCUGUGCAGGAUCAUAGACGCCACGACCGUUCAGGGUAUUGAAAGGCUAAUUAAGACCGCCAUCGUCGACAAAUCUCCCGCUGUCUCCUCGGCAGCGUUGGUCUCCUCGUAUCACCUACUUCCAAUCGCCAGAGAUGUCGUUAGGAGGUGGCAGAGCGAGACUCAAGAGGCCGCUUCCUCGGCCAAACCUGGUGGUGGAUUUCUGAGUUUUGGAGGUGGCUCCCAGACACUGGCCGCUGCCAACACGAAUUAUAUGAACCAAUAUCACGCAAUUGGACUGCUAUAUCAGAUGCGGGCGCAUGACCGUAUGGCUCUGGUCAAGAUGGUACAACAAUAUGGCGCAGCAGGAGCAGUCAAGAGUCCGGCCGGUGUCAUGAUGUUGGUCCGGCUAGCCGCCCGUCUCGCCGAGGAGGAUCCAAGCCUCAGGAAACUCAUGAUGCAGAUGUUGGAUACCUGGCUACGGCACAAGAGCGAGAUGGUCAACUUUGAAGCUGCCAAAGCCAUUUGCAACAUGCCAGAUGUGACCGACGCCGAGGCUGCGCAGGCUAUUCACGUUCUGCAAUCCUUCUUGACGUCUCCGAGAGCGGUCACGAAAUUUGCUGCUAUCCGGAUUCUUCAUUCUUUUGCCUCCUUCAAGCCUCAAGCGGUUCAUUCCGCCAAUCCAGAUAUUGAGGCGCUGAUCUCUAACAGCAAUCGGUCGAUCGCUACUUUCGCAAUCACAACACUACUGAAGACGGGUAAUGAAGCCAGCGUAGACCGGCUCAUGAAGCAAAUAUCCGGUUUCAUGGCUGAGAUCACAGACGAGUUCAAGAUUACCAUUGUCGAAGCUAUCCGGACGCUCUGCAUGAAAUUCCCCAGCAAACAGGCCGGCAUGCUCACCUUCUUGAGCGGCAUCCUACGAGACGAAGGAGGUUAUGAAUUCAAACGUGCAGUGGUGGAGAGCAUGUUUGAUCUGAUCAAAUUUGUUCCAGGAAGCAAAGAAGAAACUCUCUCACACUUGUGCGAGUUCAUUGAAGAUUGCGAGUUCACCAAGCUGGCGGUACGGAUUUUACAUCUUAUCGGUGUCGAAGGACCAAAGACGCCACAACCUACAAAAUACAUCCGGUAUAUUUACAACCGAGUCGUCCUAGAGAACGCGUUAGUCCGCGCAGCCGCAGUGACUGCCCUUGCAAAAUUCGGCGUCGGGCAAAAGGACCCUGAGGUCAAGAAGAGUGUUGAGGUCCUGUUGACGAGAUGUCUAGACGACACGGACGACGAGGUGCGUGAUAGGGCUGCACUCAGUCUACGGUUGAUGCAGGAAGAAGACGACGUUGCAGAUCGUUUCAUCAAAAACGACUCGAUGUUCUCCUUGUCGACCUUCGAACACAAACUGGUCAUGUACGUGACAUCCGACGACAAAUCAGUGUUUGCUAAAGCCUUCGAUAUUCAAUCAGUACCGGUGGUGUCACACGAGCAAGCGUUGGCAGAAGAACGCACGAAGAAACUCAACACCGCAACCCCUACACUGAAGGCACCAAGCACAGGACCUGUAAAACCCAAGGUGAAUGGAGCCGCGGAAGGACCCGCAGCCGGUGCAGCAGCCGCGCAAAAAUAUACACAGAUCUUCUCCAGAAUACCCGAGCUUGCAGCCUACGGGCCGGUGCUAAAAUCGAGUGCCGUGGUUGAACUUACGGAAAGCGAGACCGAGUACGUUGUGUCUGCUGUGAAGCAUAUCUUCAAAGAACAUGUCGUGGUACAGUACGACAUCAAGAACACCCUUGAUCAGACUGUCCUUGAGAACGUGACUGUGCUGGCUUCACCUGCCGACGAAGAAGAGCCUACGCUCGAGGAAGAAUUCAUCAUUCCCGCCACCGCCUUAAAGACCAACGAACCUGGCGUCGUGUACGUCGCAUUCCGCAAAAUCGGGGGCGACUCCGCUUUCCCCAUCACCACAUUCACAAACGUCCUUAGGUUCACGAGUAAAGAGAUCGACCCUACAACGGGCGAAGCCGAAGAAGGAGGCUAUGAAGAUGAAUAUGAAGUGGAGAAUCUGGAGUUGACAGGCGCGGAUUUUGUCAGUCCUGCAUUCGCGGGCAAUUUCGAUCACAUUUGGGAGGGCACAGGAGCGAAUGGAGAGGAAGUUAGCGAGACCUUGGUAUUGGGAAGUGUCAAGACGUUGGCUGACGCCACAGAACAACUGUCGCAAGCCCUGUCUCUGCAACCUCUUGACGGCACCGACGUGGUGUUGUCCAACACGACCCACACGCUGAAAAUGUACGGCAAGUCUGUCGCUGGUGGACGAGUGGCAGCGCUGGUGAAAAUGGUGCAUUCGGCCAAAGCUGGUGUCACCGUCAAGGUUAGUGUAAGGACUGAUGAGACCGGAGGGGGUCUUGCGCAGGGCAUCAUUGGUGCGCUCUCCUAA